GGCGUCCCCGGUGUUGUUAUUUCGUUGUUGUUGUUUCGUUGUUGUUCCAAACGAGAGCGAAAGGGGUGUGAGCCGAGUGUGAGAGGAGUGUGAGCUGAGCGUGUCACCUGCUCUGAGCUGUCCCCGUCACCUGUCACUCUCCCCUGUCACCUGUCACUCUCCGCUGUCCCUGUCCCCUGCCGGCUCUGGACCGGACGCAGCCCCGGCACAGCCCGCGCUCCGCUCCCGGCGAGGCGCUCCCGGAGACCGACACUCGCUCGCCCGAUCCCUCCCCUGCCAUGGCGCUAUGCGGCGGCCGCGGGCUGCCCGGGCUGGUGGGCACGUCCCCGGGGGUGUCACCGCUCCCCCCGCUGUCGCUGGACGCGGGACACCCGGCGGAGCUGGGCAGGCUCUGGGACACCUCGAAGCGGCGAGGCGGGGGGCUGCCCCUCCCGCGGCUCUCGCCCACCCUGUCCCCGCAGCCGGUGGCCUCGCCCUGUGCCCGGGACUCCGUCUGCUCCCAGCCCUCGGAUGCCGGAUUGGGGCUGGACUCCCCCACACAGCACGACCCGGCGGCGGCAGAGGAAGCCUUCGAGAAAGCAAUCCUGAAUUCCAGGAGAGUUCUCCAAGGCACAAAGCUCCAUCUGCAGAGGAUCCGCUCCUUGCCACCGUGCCUCCUGGAAUCCAGUACGAUCCUGAAGGACAUCUCCCACUCCGGGGAGUUCAACAUCUGCAGAGGCAGAGUGCAGAGGGGCCGGAGGGAGUCUGAGGAUGAGGAGGGCUUUGUCCCCAAGAAGCUGCCGACACUGGAUCAGCAGAGCCGGCUGGCCACCGGCCAUGGGGCUGCCAGGAGGGACUCCCUGGCCACGAGACCCUGCUCCACAUCCAGCCUGCUGAGUGAUGCCACCAUGCCCCAGGGGACUGAGAACGUGCUGACCAUGAGGAUGACAAGGAAGGAGGAGGCAGAGCUGCGUCGAGGGAAGUGCAACAAGUGCCGGCAGCUCUUCUGCUCGCCCUCAGGGACCAGCAGGGCCAUCAGGCCCAUCCUGAAGCAGGGACACCCCUGUGAUGGGGACACCCCUGUCAAGGCCAAGCAGCACAGGAGGGUGGCCAGCACUCCCCGCGAGGAGGUGUUGCUGGAGCCGGAAGAGGGGCUGCAGCAUUCCAGGUCUGCCCAGCAUGAAGAGAUCAGGAGCCUGCCAGACAGCAACGAUCAGGAGCUCAUUGGGGACUUCUCCAAGGCUCACCUCCUGCCAACGGUGAAGGGGAAGGACCCAAGCCUGAAGUACAUCUCCCCUGACACGUUGGUGGCAGUACUGACUGGGCAGUGGAGCAGCUUCAUCGAGAGCAGCAUCACCGUGGACUGUCGGUACCCCUAUGAGUACGAGGGGGGCCACAUCAAGAUGAAAUGGGAGGCAGAAGGGGAAAAAGGUGCCUCCUGUCCCUCCCCAGGGUGCUGUCAACCUGCCCCUGCAGCAAGAUGUGGAGCAAUUCCUGCUGGACCAGCCCAUCCUGUCCCUGGACACCAGCAAGAGGGUGAUCAUCAUCUUCCACUGCGAGUUCUCUGCUCACCGCGGGCCCAAAAUGUGCCGGUUCCUCAGGGAAAAGGAUCGUUCCUGUCACGAGUACCCCCAGCUCCACUACCCCGAGCUCUAUGUUCUGAAGGGGGGGUACCGGGACUUCUUCCUGCAGUACCCGACACACUGCGAACCCCAGGACUAUCGGCCCAUGGAGCACGGGGCCUUCCAGGAGGAGCUGCGCCAGUUCCGCUGCCAGAGCAGGCUCCGGGCGGGAGAGCGCAGCCGGCGAGAGUUCUGCAGCCGCCUCCUGCCCCGCUGAGCGCUCGGGGACCCGCAGCCCCUCCGUGGGCAAUGGGAGAGCUGGAGGCUGCGAGGGCUUCCCUUGGCCGGGCAAUGUGCUUUGGGUUGGUCUGGUUUCUUAGGAUUGGUUUAAUGUAGAGGCUAUUGUUAGGAGUGGUUUAAUGUCUUAGUUAUUAUUAGGAUUGGUUUAAUUGGUUAUUGUUGGGAGUGGUUUAAUGUCUUAGUUAUUGUUCAGAUUGGGGGUUUGUGCCUUCUUUAUUGUUAGGGUUGGUUUGUUGUAUUGCUUAUUGUUAGAAUUUUGUUUGUGUCUUGUUUAUUGUUAAGAUUGUUUUUUCAUAGUCUCUGAUAUCAAACUCCUAAGGUGGAAGGAAAGAAGGAAAAAACACAGGAUACUCAAUUAGCUACAUAGAAUAUUUCUGAACUACUUUAUUUUGUACAAAAUCAAUGCACAAAGACCUUCAUAGCAGCAAAUUACUUCCUUUAUUGUAAAUGUGGCAAUGACUUUAACCACAAUCCAGUAAAGGUGUCCCAUGGUUCUCCAUGUCCUUCAGAGAUAAAAAGUCACCCCCAAGGAAAUGGGUGGUACUGACAAGCAGCACAACUGGUUUCCAAUAUGGUUGCUUUUUUCUUACUGUGAAAUUUGCUGGCACAAAAUUCUUCAUACUAUGAUUUCAGCCAAAACAUAAGAGAAAAUGUCACUGUCAGAAUGGAUAAACAUCAUAAUAAUAGAGAUUUAUUUUUAUUUUGUUUCUCUUUGAAAAGACUUUUGCUAUUGCUUCUAGCAGGACAGCUAUAGCAAGCUAUAGAAACUUUGCUCUUACUGCAUAUACACCAGAUACAGAGUGUAUGAGAAGUUUCUUUUUCAAAAUAAUUGAUUACAUUUUCAGCUGAAGAAAAUGCAUUUCUUCCCCUCAACAGCAGAGGAACGAAGAUUUUAUGGUUAGAUCUUCCUGGAUCAGCUAGAUCUCACUCCUUUGGUAAUAUGGUUCUAGGCUUCAAUCUUAUUAUUAUGGGUUUUUUUUAGGGGAGCAUUUAUUAAUGCAGCUUCCCUGAAAAACAAACAAAGAAAUGAUCAAAAGAAACCUCUCAAACAAGAAACAAAUUUUAAGCAUCUAGCAACUAGAUUCCUUUAUAUUAAUAACAACAACAACAUAGAUUCAAAUAAAACUCAACUACUUUUAGAUUUAAUUUCACAGACAGGAACUACAAAAUGAUCAGGCAUCAAGCAAUUUUCAUAUGCACAGGGAAUAAUACAAAAGCCAUAUUUCUUGAUUUAUAUACCAUGGUAUAUGUUUAUAUACCAUGAAGAAACAAAUGAUUCUGCUUUCUGGAUUAGAGCCUUGAAUGGUUUAAAUAAUGGAGAGUGUAGCCAUUGCUCUUUCUUGUGCCAGCCAGCUGCACUAAGCCCAGAAAAGGUUCUCCUUCACAAAAAGCAGUGUACGCAUCUUUCCAGCCUGGAAAGUGCUUUCCCCAGAGCCAAGCAGGGGAUUGUUAAACUUUUGAUGCUACAAUAACUCUGUCAAAGCCUUCAGGCUGAUGUCGAUGAUAAGAUUUGCAGUAGCCUUAAUAUUUAUUGAAAGAAACUAAUUGUAAUUAUAAACACCUAAGAAAAUAAUUUUAUUUUUCUGUAUGGGUUUCUUUUUUAUUAUUAUUAUAUUUAUGACUUUAAAAAAAUAAGAGAGACAGCACUGCCCUGGGGUUGCAUCAUAGCUGGAGGCCGACAUGUUCCACAGGAGAGAUAAAUCCACCUCUGAUACCAUAAUGUGGAACCUUCUCCUCUUCCUCCCACCUUGCAUGGCCUUGCACCUCAUCUGUCAGCUUUCUGAUUAUACCAUGGAAUGGAACUAGGGCUCAGGUUUGGAAUUUAUUUCCAGGAUUCAGCCUAUGGGUUUUGAUUACUUUCAUAUGCAAGCAUUCAUUUUUAACUGCUGAGCAGCGUCCUAAAAUGGAUGUUUAUAAUAAAAUUGAAAAUCUUCCGCUCGUAUAACUUAAUUACAAUGCAUUAGUAUGAUGUAGAGGUACAUUUCAGAGGUGAUAAUGGUUGUUUUCCAUUAAUGUGUCCUAAUCAUCAGCAAAGCCUUGCUCACACUGAUCUUUAACCCUUUUAGAAGCAGUUGAUGGUAAUGUACAAGGCCAGGGGCAUUUACAAGAAAACUUGCUGUUUGUUCACAAUCUGAAAGCACUGCUUAAAUAUUAAGGGUUAUUAUACAAUACAAUUAUAUACAAUACCUAAUGAUCUGUUAAAAUAUGGAUUAAAAAGAAGAUAAUAUCAAAGAGAAUUAACUUUCAAUAAAGUCAGUGUUACCACACCAGUUUGGCUGUCAAACAGUACAUUUCCACUCUUCUAAUUAUGAAGGAUUAGUUAUUUAGUUGUUCAUUUUUAGUAUGGGUCUAUAUUCUUUGAGUCUACAGCAAAGUAACAACACACCAAGCCUGACUCUUUCUCCAGGAGUCUUUACAGCCUAUACUAAAGCCUCAUUAAGCUUUUGUCUUCCUCAGAGUGUCCAGCUGCAUAUUCUGCUGUAGUAAAAGGGUGAUAAUAUCACUGAAUACUUUGUAUUACAGAAAAAUAUGUAACAUCACAAGAAAUGGGUAAUAAAACUUAAUUCAGCAUUAUGAAACUUAAAAUUACAAAUGUUUCUUCAUUCUCAAGAUGCACAGUAGAAUUUCCCUGCCGUAGAUAUUCAUAGACUUUGAACCUUUAACCACUGCAAUUUAUACUUGACCAUUUGCAUUUCACUCCAGGGGCACAUUUUUGUUGUGAGCAGCACAGUGAUUUUUUGCUUAGGUGACUUUGUGCACCCAGUGCAGAAGUGAAUUCUGCAAACACAAAUUCAUGACAUGAAAGUGUGCAGUGAUGGAACCAAACAUCACCUCAUCCUUGGACAGAUAUAUCUAGUUCCAAUUCCAGGCUGGAACGACUAAAAAGCUAUUAUGGCUAAAAACAUAAUGUCAGGCCACAAAAUCAACUUAGCCCCACCCUCCCAAGUGUUCGAAGUAUUCAUUACAGAGGUUAAAAGGAUGAAUUUCUAAUGCUGGUAGUACUCACUUUCUAUUUUGAAGUAAUUUUCUUUUCCUUAUCGUCUCCCCCCAGCAAGUGUGACACACACUGUUUCUGACUCCAUUAACCCUUUUAAAACCUCUAAUAAAAAUCAUGAGGUCAUUCUUUUUAA